AUGAAUUUCGAAAAUGAAAUACUUUUUUAUGAUGAUGAUGUUGAAUUUCAAGAAUAUUUAAAUUAUCAGCGCAGACCGUAUACUGUACGAACUAGGGUUGAUCAUUUUAGUACUUGGGAUGAACAAGAUUUUAAAAAUCGCUUUAGAUUAUCUAAAGAAACGGUUAUGAUGAUAUUAAAUAUGAUUGGCCCUACAAUAUCAUCAAAUACAGAUAGAAAUCAUGCCAUAACACCUACACAAAAACUAUUAUUAGCUCUGAGAUUUUAUGCUACAGGAUCUUUUUUAAUUAGUGCUGGAGAUGUCAUGGGUGUAAGUAAAUCUGCUGCAUGUGUUAUAGUACAUGAUGUAAGUGUAGCCUUGGCAAAACUUCGUCCUCAAAUAAUUAAAAUGCCAGAAACAAAUGACGAAAUAAAAGAGCUGCAUAAACAAUUUUAUGGUAUAGCCAAAUUUCCGUUGGUUAUUGGGGCGAUUGACUGUACUCAUAUUAAAAUUCAAAGCCCUGGUGGACCAAAUGCAGAAUAUUUCCGUAACCGAAAAGGAUGGUUUUCGCUUAAUGUCCAGACUGUAGUCUCUCCUAAGUUGAAAAUUAUGGAUAUUGUUGUUCGCUGGCCUGGUUCAACACAUGACUCUACAAUAUUUUCACAUUCGAAAAUAAAUAAUGAUUUACAUGUUACUCAAAACUGGGGAAAUAGCUUAAUAGUUGCAAAUUCUGGUUAUGCCAACACUAUGCAUAUUGUUACACCAUUCCUGAACCCCCAUGUAGGGCCAGAAAACUUAUACAACGAAUCUCAAAUUCGUACUAGAAAUCCUGUGGAACGUUUUUAUGGUGUUUGGAAACGACGAUUUCCAGUUUUGUCUCUCGGGAUGAGAUUGCAAAUCUCUAAUAUACAAACUGUUAUAAUUGCUUGUUCGGUUCUUCACAAUAUUGCAAUUGACUGUAAUGAAGAAAUGCCAAUGGAUGAUAUUCAAUUACCUGAUGAACUGACAGAAAUAAUGAAUGCACCCAUAAUAGAAAAUCGUCAAAAUAAUGCUAGAACAAGAUUAGUAAAUGAAUAUUUUUCACAUAUCUAA